AUGGGACUGGAGCUGUCCAUGGUCCUGAAAUCCAUUCUCCCGUUCACUCCUUCGACAGAAACUAAAAGUCUGAAAGUGGUGGAUGCGGCGCUGGGUCCAGAGCUGGAUCCGGACUCGUCCUUGGGUUUGGAGUCCUGGACUUUUGCUCUCACUUUGGCUUCUUUGGAGUUGGUUCUUCCUCCAGCGGCUCCUGACGCUCUUUCAUAUGACGCCUUUCAUCUUGAAGGGUCACUCCCCUCUCUCUGGGCCUCUCCCCCUCAGGUCACUCCCCUCUCCCUGGGCCUCUCCCCCUCAGCUCACUCCCCUCUCUCUGGGCCUCUCCCCCUCAGGUCACUCCCCUCUCUCUGGGCCUCUCCCCCUCAGGUCACUCCCCUCUCUCUGGGCCUCUCUGUGGGCCUCUCUCUGGGGCCCCUCCCCCUCAGGUCACUCCCCUCUCUCUGGGCCUCUCCCCCUCAGGUCACUCCCCUCUCUCUGGGCCUCUCCCCCUCCCCUCAGCUCACUUCCCUCUCUCUGUAG